AUGUCCAGCGACGCUGCUUCGACGUACUCCUUCUCCUCGACCGCUCCUCUCACAGGCGCAGGCUCGUCUCCCAAGAGUCCCUCCCUCCUCUCCAAACUCCUCCGCCGCUCUCCCUCUCCCGAGGCAGCCCGACCCGCUUCGCCGCCAAAGACCAAGACGUCGGAGGAGACCUUCCGCGAGAUCAUGGCUUUGAACGCUUCGCACGGUGAUCCGUCGGUCCAGGCCUAUUACCUCAAGACCACCGCGAAACCCAAGUCGCCCAAGUCCGCCUCUCCGUCUCCCGCUCGCUCCGCUUCCUCCUCGCCCACCAGCACGCCGAAGCGCGACGCCUUCACCGAGAUCAUGGCACUCAACGCCAAGCAUGGGGACCCGAGUGUUCAGGCUUAUUUCGUCAAGUGA